CGCCGCUGCAUAAAUCGCGCGCGCCGUGUUUUUUCCUCUUCAUAGCGGGCGGGCAGUCAAGUUAGUGUGAAGUUGUGAAAAGUUGUCAACCCGAGAAAAGCGCAAGAGAAACUCCUCCCGUCUUCAAAUUAUGAGCAAUCAGCAGCAGGGUGAAAUGGCCGCUGUGGGGAGCGGCGGCGGAGGCUUCAGUCAAAAGCGAAACACAAACUCUCAAGACUCGCAGCAGCCGUCUCCUCUCGCUUUGUUGGCAGCCACAUGCAGUCGAAUUGACACCCCAGGAGAGAACGAUUCACCUACUGACCAACAACAGCAGCAGCAGCAGCAGCAGCAGCAGCAGCAGCAGCAGCAGCAGCAGCAGCUGGACCUAAACCAGGGUGUUUUCACCUCCAGUGCCAACGGCUGGCAGGUUAUCCCUCUCAGCGUGCAGGCGUCCUCCGGCACAAACACGGUCACCACUGACACGUUGGUGAUGACUGGGGGAGACCUAGGCAAGAGCAGACAGGUGCUGUCACCAUCAGCAGUUGCUGUGAGCACUCAGGGACAGCAGCACCAGACACAGCAGUAUGUAGUAGCUCAGGCUCCAUCGAUGCAGGGUCAGCAAGUGCUCACCACCAUAUCUGGUAUGAUGCCCAACAUUCAGUACCAGGUUAUUCCCCAGUUUCAGACAGUUGAUGGCCAGCCACUGCAGUUUGCACAUGCUCAGCAGGAUUCUGCAGUAUCUGCUGCAGCAGGACAAGGGCAGCAGUAUCAGAUAGUGUCCUCUCCUAAUGGUCAGCAGAUCAUAACCACAGCCAACAGAGCUGGUUCUGCAGGAAACAUUAUAACAAUGCCCAGUCUCCUCCAGGGAGCCAUCCCCAUACAAAAUAUAAGUUUAGGCAGUAACAUGUUACAAAACCAGCCCCAGUUCCUGGCAAAUAUGCCUGUAUCGCUUAAUGGAAACAUCACUCUGUUGCCUGUCAGCACUGGAACAGGUGGCACAGGGGGAGAUGCAAAUGGUGGAGGGGAUACAGGGGGGAGUCAGCUUAUUCAACAGCACUCGCAACAGCCAGUGUCUUCCAACAGCGGCGCAAGUUACAUGACAACCGCAUCCACUGUCACGGCGCAGACCUCUUCUUAUGGAAUGAAUCAAACGCAGAACAGCAAUGGAACGGUUACGGGGACGUUCCAGCAGAGCACAGCAUCUUCUCUGGGUGUCCCGAUACAACCAGACAACAGAGAUGCACAGCAGCCACAGCAGAUCCUUCUCCAGCCUCAGCAGCUUAUCCAAGGUGGAACGUCCCUCCAGACCAUCCAGGCUGGUACUGUCACGACCGCAGGCGGUCAGGUUUUUGCGACUCCAACGCUCAGCCAGGAGGGGCUUCAAAAUCUUCAGAUUAUGCCAAACUCAAGCCCAAUCCUCCUGCGCACCGUGGGCCCGAACGGCCAGGUGAGCUGGCAGACCAUUCAGAUCCAGAGUCCGACGGGAGCCCAGAUCACGCUGGCCCCGGUGCAGUCGCUCAACCAACUUGGUCAGGCUCAGGGAGCUGGUGCGGCUGGAGGAGUGUCCGUCAACACAGUGCAGAUCCCGGGCAUCCAGACCAUAAAUCUCAACACACUUGGAGGCUCUGGGCUGCAGGGGCUGCAGGGGCUGCAAGGGCUGCAAGGGCUGCAGAUGCACCAGCUGCAGGGUGUUCCCAUCACCAUCUCCAGCUCAGCAGGUGAGCAGGCAUUACAGACGGGUGGAGAAAGCUUGGAUGAUAGUACAGCUAUGGACGAUGAGGACAUAAGCCCACAACCUCAAGGACGACGUAACCGGAGGGAGGCCUGUACCUGCCCCUUCUGCAAGGACGGAGAAGGACGUGACCCAACAAAAAAGAAGCAGCACAUUUGUCACAUCACUGGCUGUGGUAAGAUCUACGGCAAGACGUCCCACCUGCGGGCGCAUCUCCGCUGGCACACGGGAGAACGGCCCUUCGUCUGCAGCUGGUCGUUCUGCGGCAAACGUUUCACGCGCUCAGACGAGCUUCAGCGUCACAAGAGGACGCACACAGGUGAGAAAAAGUUUAUUUGCCCCGAUUGUCCCAAACGCUUCAUGCGCAGCGACCACCUCUCAAAGCACAUCAAAACCCAUUUGAACAAGAAAGUGGCCGUCUCCACCACCGGCAGCACCUCGGUCUCGACCGACGCAGCUUCGCCCGCUGCGGGAACGGAAGCUGGCACCGGGGCGGUGUCGGCCAACGACCAGCACACCAUCGUCGCCAUGGAGACCUUAUCUGCAGAGAGCAUAGCGCGACUGGCCAGCAGCGGGAUCAACAUGAUGCAGGUGGACCUUCACCAGAUUAAUGGCAACAGCUACUAAGGGAGGAGGAGGAGCAGGACGAUGGGGCCUGGAUGGAUGUUGCAUUUGGACAUUUGGGGUUGAAAAAGGGCUCGUCGGACUGCAGAGGGCAGAUCCUCUCAGAAACAUUUUCACAGAUGCUGUUUGAAAACCGAGGCAGGGAUACGAUCUCUCCAUCUUGUAUUUCAAACACACACACUGUCGCAUUUAAGGGGUCAGAGGUUGAUGAGUUUAAUUAAAAUGUCAAUAUUAGAGAAGUCAUCAUGAAAUGUUAUUUCUCCCUGAAUGGCAACGGCACUACACUAACAUUUGUCCCACGCAAAAGACCUAAUCUAACUUGAUGGUGGGAUUGCGAUAAAACUACACAGACCAGCACACAUUGAUGUUGAAUUGGUAGCUAGCUACUUUCUCUCUGCAAGCUUCCGAAGUUAAGAGAAGACACUACUAAGUCAGACUCUCACACUUGUGUCCACGGCUGUGAGCCUUGAUGCUUUGUCCCUCUUCUUCACCUCAGGUGUUUAUUGCCCUCUCAAACUGGGCGUGCUGAAUCACACGCAUGCACCUCAGGCUGAUUGGCCCACAUCAGUCCAAAACUGAAAUUGGAACGAUCAGGAGCAAUUUUAAUAUUCCCAAGCAGUCCCAGUAUCAUAGGAAUAAUACUUCAAAGUGUUUUAGGGUGGACUGGUCAGAGGAGGGCGGUGAUACGUGGUCACGACCAGGUCGGAGCCAGCAGCACUAAUCGGUGUGAGGGUGGAGGUGUGUCAGGGCACCGACAUCCUGAGGAACUUGUAAACCUCUUAUGUAGGUACACACAUAUAAGCCAUCAUGCUUUGAAGUUUAUCAUUGCAAAAAACAUUAGGAUUUUUUUUUGUGUAUAUAUAUAUAUAUAUAAUUUUUUGGGGGGGGUAACGUAAAGGCUCCUUAGCAUAGGCGGGAUCAUCUUACACGAUUGCAAGAGAAUGCCUUUUAGUUGUAUGAACCUCAUGCACAAUCAAUCUUAAUCUUAUGUUAUGACUUUUAUAUAUAUAUAUAUGUAGAUGAUAUAUGUAAACUUAAGAGCCUUUCUGUCAUAGAAUAAUGAAUUCUAUACAGUUCAGAUCUUCCCUCUACUUCUUUUUUCCCCCCGUGGUCUACUUAUCAUCUGAGACAUGUCAGAUUCCUUUUUUCCUCCUGUGAAUAACCGUUUCUUGUUUAGUCAUAUCUGAUCAUAGGUGAAGUAUUUUUGUAGUCAUGUCCAGACAGCAGGAACAUGUAAGCUCAAAACCAAAGGUUCAUACUCGUUUUAUAAAGGAAAAAAAACUAGGAAAUCCUUCUUUGGUCCAUGAACUUUCUAAUAAUUUUUUACUAUUGACGAUAUGCAUGUUAAAAGUUGUGGAACUGGAAAAAGAUCCAGCUUGAGGCAAACCUUGGACACAUCCCUUUUGUUGUUGUUCAAAUGAAUAAGUCAAAUGUAUUAAGGUGACCCAGUGGUUACAUAAGCUUUUCAGUUUCCUUGCUUCAAUAUUCUGCUUGAUUUGGCAUAACAAAAUUAUAACUUGUAUAAACUAUGCUUAAAAAAAACUAUCCUUUAACACUGUAGACUAUGUUCAUCAUACAAGUGCUCUUACUUUUUUUUUGUUUUUGCCCCGUUUUAAAUAAGGGAUUUUAUAUUGUGUGUAUACAACUACUGCAAAUGCCAACAGCUGGAUUAAAAUUAUGAAUAUUA